GGGUGAAGAGGAUGAGGAAGGUGAUCCAGCCAAGGAUUCGUUUCCAGCUGAGCAUUUAUUUUGCUGGCCGUGUUUGUAAAUGACAGGAAACUGUGUCGGUGAUUUUGUAGAAAUUAGGAGUAAAAUAUUUGAGAGGGGUGAUUUAGGCAAUUGAUAAAUGAUUGGAGGGAAAUAAUAUUAAAAUAGAAUAGAAAAAAUUGAAAAAAUUAGAAAUCCCUUAUUCUGAAAAAUACGCAUGCCACGAUCCCAAAUUACAAAAGGCCAGCGAAAUUAAUCCCUCAUUUCGAAAGGUCAGCGGAAUUGAUCCCUUAUUCCGAAUUCUCUCAUUAUUUUUUUGUCGCUAUAUAUAUAUAUGUAGCGCGAGAGAGGUCAGAGGAGUGUAUAUUUAUCUUCGAUGGCUCUCGUGGGAAACCCUACUUUCUCGAUUGGAGAAACAACUUCCGUGCAAUCGCCUAAUUUGUCGAUUGGAGAAACAGCAUCCGAUUUGGAUUCGUGUGGCAAACGAAAAAGAGGUAAUGAGAUUCAGGAAAUCAAUGCCGCGAUGGCAAAGACAAAGGCGAAGGAAUCGCGGAUGGUAUCGGAAUUCACAGAUUUCAGUGAUCUACUGCGUCGUUUCAAAAAUAAGAUGAUCUUCGAAGAUGAAGAUUUCGAUCUUAUGAGAGAUUACUGCGACAGUGAUGAAGAUUAUGAUAUGAAAGAGGAGAUGAAAAGAAGUCUUCCAUUCGACAAGGGGCCAGUUGUUGAAUACAUCAAUCAAGUCCGCAAUAGCGGUGGUUUUGAUGUGGAUGUGAAGCUUCCUCGUUGGCUAGAUGUGGGCUGGGAUUUCAUCCACCUUCCUAUCACUGAAUCUCGUCGUGAUUAUUUGUAUGAGCGAGCAAACCUUGCGAUUAAUGAAAUCAAUGUUGACAUGAAAAGCAAAGCUUUCGAGCUUGUGGAAGUUGUCAAGGCUGUCAUGUCGAAGCCCAUCUUUCAGCUGUCGUUUUUUACGCUGCUGUGAAAGAAGUUGGGGCAGCUGCUACUAAUACUCUCACUGUCCAAGCAAUUGUGUACCAUCCCUUUAAUGCCCCUUGGAAGCUUAGGGAGUGGAGGUUCAAACCAGAGGUGGUUUGAAUGUUCCAUUUCUUCUACUACUACUUUGUUUUAUAUCCUACUAAUAUUAGAUACUACUAGUUUAUAACAUUCCCCGUCAAGUUGAAGCGUAUAUAUUGAUCAUGUCUAACUUGGUACAAA